AAGAAAAAACAAACCCUACCCACACGGGUAACUCAGUUGGUCGAGUGGUGGGAGAUUUGGAACAAUGGAUUAAGGUUCGAAUCCCUACAGCGACCGGGUGGAGGUAAGAGAACCUGAAAUAAGGCUGAGCCUCUAGUGCGCACGGAUGUAUGUGCCUACUGUGAUUCUGCUGACUGGGUUACCUUGACUAAUCUCCCCACCAUCCUGUCGAGUCGGGGAAAAGGUGCUGGGUAGAAGUUGAGAUAGGAUCAUAGCAGGAUAUAGUCACUUUACGAACAGUGAGUGUUCGAAUUCAAAUCUUGCUCACUGAGUGGAGUCUGAUUUUGUUAGGUUUCUUGGACUUGUUUAAAAAUAAAAUUGGCUCGAAUUUCCAGAAAUGGAUAAUUUAUCGUCUAACUCAGAGGAGAGCUAUGAUCAAGAAACAGAUGAAUCCCCCAGAGUAACAGCAGCAUUGAGUGGGGAUUCUUCUUUCGGGUAUUGCAGAACAAACUCAGAGACCUCAACAGAUGAUAAUGGCGGUUCUGGAACAUCGUCGCCUGUGAUAUUUCCGCUGUUCAAAUCCCCAAUCCGUAACGCCCUUUCGCGGCUUGGAAUUAGACAUCACAAGAACACUGCAGAUGAUCCUGAGACAGUUGAUUUAGAGAUGGAAUUGAUGAAGGAAAGGUUUUCAAAGCUGUUGUUGGGAGAAGACAUGUCUGGAAGUGGGAAAGGGGUGUCUACAGCACUAACAAUCUCAAAUUCCAUUACUAAUCUUUUUGCUUCUAUUUUUGGUCAGCACCAGAGAUUGGAACCUUUAAAUGUUGAUAAGAAGUCAAUGUGGAAGAGAGAAAUGAAUUGUCUUCUCUCUGUCUGCGACUACAUAGUAGAAUUUUUUCCUACUUCACAGAAGUUACAGGAUGGCACCACUGUUGAGGUGAUGACAAGUAGGCCAAGAUCAGAUAUCUACAUGAAUCUUCCAGCAUUGAGAAAACUGGAUAACAUGCUCUUGGAGAUUUUGGACAGUUUUGAAACAACUGAGUUUUGGUACACAGAGAAAGGAAGCAUGUCAGGGAACUCAAGGCGGCAUGGAUCAUUUAGAAGGGUAAUUCAACCUCAACCUCAAAGGAAUGAGGAAAAGUGGUGGUUGCCGGUUGUUUGUGUUCCGAUAUGCGGGCUAUCUGAGAAGUCAAGGAAGAAUUUGAGGCACAAAAGCAAAUGUGCUAACCAGAUUCACAAAGCAGCAAUGGCCAUUAACAGUAGCAUUCUUUCUGAUAUGCAAAUCCCCGAUUCUUACGUUGCCUCACUUCCAAAGUGUGGGAAAGCAAGUGUGGGUGAAUCGAUUUAUCGGUACAUGAACUCAGCAGAGAAGUUUUCACCAGAACAUAUUCUUGAUAGUCUAAACAUAAGCUCAGAGCAUGAAGCACUUGAGUUUGCAGACAAGGUUGAGGCUUCCAUGUAUACAUGGAGAAGAAAAGCUUGUUUAUCUCAUGCAAAAUCCUCAUGGGAGGUGGUCAAAGAUUUCAUUUCUGAAAUUGACAUACCUGAUAAAAAUCAUGUUUUAGCAGAAAGGGCAGAGAGUCUGCUGUUUUCAUUGAAGCAAAGGUACCCUGAACUCUCACAAACAACACUGGACACGUGUAAGAUCCAAUGCAAUAAGGAUGUUGGGAAAUCAAUAUUGGAAAGCUAUUCGAGAGUGUUGGAGAGUUUGGCAUUCAACAUUGUGGCUUGGGUUGAAGAUGUGGUUUUUGUUGAUAAUAAGACCAUGAAAGACCAACACAUUAGUAGUAAGUAGUGCGUAAGAUAGACGAUCAUUCCAAAUUAUUAGCUGAGAAGACAUCCUAGUCUUAUUAACUCUUAUUCCAAUACUUUAACUGUAAAUCAAAAUACAGAUAGCCAACUUCUGCACAUUUGAGUUAGUAUAAACGGAUAUUGCCUUAAAUAUGAGUGCAAACAAUGUGAAAUUAUAAAAUAGGAGUAUCGUGUUUAUUUUCCCAAAAUAGGAGUAGUUAU